AUCAUCAACAACAAUUGUAAAUCAACAACAACAACAACAAAAAUCUGGCAGUAUGAAACGUAAUAAUAAUCAAACGAUGAACAUUACCAAAGAAAUUGAAGAACAUGUUGCAAACAUAAUUGGUCCAAACAUUAAAUUAACCCAUAAAGCAAUGCUCAAAUUGGAAUUGAAGACAGAUAAAUUUGAAAAUCGUUUAUUAAUAUUUACACAAUAUCGACUGUAUUUAUUCACAGUGAAAGGUGGAACACCAAAAUUGGAACAUUCAUAUAAUUUGAUUGAUCUGAAUCUAAUUGAAUCACGACAACCAGAUCGUUUAACAUUGGGUUUUCGUUCGAAUGAUCCAAAGCAUCCAUAUUGCUUCCAAUCAUGUGAUCCAAAUCAAGAAGAAGUCAAUCUAAUCAUUUGUCAUUUGAUUAGUUCAUUGAAACAAUUGUUUCCAUACAUUCCAUUCGAAUCGUUUAUACGACGAUUUUUUGUUGAACCACGUCAACGUUUGGAUAAUAUUUAUCAAUAUGUGCAUUUGGUGGAAGAGAAACUACGUUUCCGUUCACAUGAUCAUCCAUGCGGUGGUUUCUCCAAUCAAUAUGCUUGUUUUUGUGAUUAUUAUGGUGUGCCAUAUAGAGAAGAAGUUGCCUGGGAUAUUGAUACAAUAUAUGCUGCUCAUAAUAAUACUGAGCUAUCCAUAUUGGAUUUCGAACAUCUUGAUUUGAAAGAUCUUCAACCACUUAUUGCUGCAUUAACCUAUAAUGGAUAUUUUACCAAAUUUCGUGUUUCAAAUGUUAAAAUUGUUAAUAAUAGCCAAUCGGGUAGUGAUCAAAUAUGUGAAUUAAUUGUCAAUCUUGUUCGUCGAUCAACUAGACUAGAAGAACUAUAUUUAGAUAAUACUGGUAUUCGAGCAGAUUUUGUUAAUAAAUUAUUUCAGGCAAUGUUAUUGAAUAAUCAAACAUCGAUACAGAUUAUUGAUUUAUCCAACAAUUCCAUUGAAGAUAAAGGAUUGAAAAAUAUGACAUCAUUUGUAGCCAAAUCAUUCCAUAUGGCCAAUUCUAUAAUGAAUAAUUCAUCCGAAGAUCUCAGUUCAUCAUUAUCAUUGAAUUUUUCUACAUGUUCAAAUCAAAUUAGUCAACCACAAUUGAAUAAUAACAAUAAUACGAAUACGAUAACAUCGUCAGCAAAAUUAAUGUACAAAGGUCUUGUACAUUUAAAUCUUUCACAUUGUGGUAUUACAUCCAAAGGUAUUUCUGAACUAUCCGAAUCACUUUAUUUAAAUAAAUCAAUGUUUUCGACAUUAACUUAUCUUAAUUUGAGUGAUAACUAUUUUAAAGAUGAUUUAUCCAAACUUUAUAAUUUUCUGGCUCAACCAAACAAUAUUGCCCAUCUUGAUCUGUCCGGAACCGAUUGCAAUCUUGAUAGUGUUUUUGGUGCACUCCUACAUGGAUGUACCAAUAAUCUAGUUCAUCUGAAUUUAUCACGAAAUCAGUUUAGUGGAAAAAAAUCCAGUCAUAAAGAUUUGAUAGUGCCUGUUUCGAUCAAAAAAUUUUUCUCUACUGCAAUAUUUUUACGUACAUUGAAUUUGUCGCAUAAUAGAUUGCCAACUGAAGCGCUCAAAGCCAUAUUACUUGGUUUAGCAUGCAAUGAAUCCGCUGCUGAUCUUCGAAUUAAUCUUUCAUCAAAUGAAUUUAAAUCGAAUGGUGCUGCUGUACUUGAACUUUGUCUUGCAGAUAUUCGAUGUGUGUCCGGUUUGGAUCUCAGUGACAAUGGAUUGGAUAUGGAUCUUAUUCAAGUGGUUGGUGCCAUUGGUAAAAACAAAUCAAUCAAAUAUCUAUCGAUUGGUCGCAAUUUCAACAAUAUUAAAGCCAAACAUUUGCCAAAAGUUUUAGAUGCAUUCGUCACAUUACUACAAGAUCCGGAUUGUUCCAUUGAAUCACUAUCAUUGAUUGAUUCAAAAUUACGUUCUGAUGCUUCAAUCAUUUUGAAUGCACUUGGUUCGAAUCAAUCAUUGAUCAAUAUUGAUAUUUCAGGAAAUUUAAUUGGAUUAGUUGGUGCAAAAACAAUGGCCAAAGCACUUCAAGUGAACAAUCAUCUUGAAACAAUUUAUUUGGAUCGUAAUCUAACGCCUACAUCUGGAUUUAUUGACAUAGCUUAUGCUCUUGAACGUAACUAUACAUUGAAAUAUCUUCCAAUACCAAUACAAGAUGUACAAGCUGCAAUGAUGAAAAUGCCAGAACGUACUGAAGCGGCUGUGAAUAAAAUUCAGGAAUUUAUACGUCGUAAUAAUCUACCACAAACGGCCGCUUUACGUAACAUGCGGCUACAUAAUCUACAAAAUUCACAUUUCACCGUUGACAAUAAUUUAUUUACAACAAUCGAAAAAAUUGCCAUACAAUUGCAAAAUCUAUUACGCGAAAAGGCAUCAUCAUCAUCAUUACAGCAACAAAAUCGUAUGCCGUCAUUGGAUUCGAUUGACAUUAGUUCCCAUUCGAAUCUGGAUAAAACAAUUAUGGCCGAUUGUAAUUUUUCCACUUCGAAUGAUUAUGUUGGCAGAAUUGAAAAUCUAUUACAUGAUGUACGUAAUAUGCGAUCACUUUAUAGUAAAGUACAAGAAGUUUAUUCAAAUACAACGCAAACAAUGAAUGGAUUGUCAUCAUUACAAGAUAGUUAUGGACGAAGAUUUUCAUCGAUUUCAGUUUCACGUCCAAUUGAAGCAACUAUUUUGGAAUUUUCACGUGAACUAAAACGUUCAUUUGAAGGUCAAGUUUCAUCAGUUUCAGAAUUAAUCAUUCAAUGUAUCAAAGAUGAAUUUCCAAGCGUAUUUUUUCAUAGUCAACAUCUUGAAGGUGAUCUUCGUGAAUUGUAUAAAAAUUCAAUUAUCAGCAUCAAUUCUGCUCAAACGUCAUUAAUACCAUCGAUGGAAUAUUUUCAAUUGUGCCUUACCGAAGCAGCCGGUACACAAUGGUCCAUAAAAUUGGAACAGAUUCUCAAUACAAUAGCUAGUCAAAUUUGUAAUAAAGUUUUGAUCGAAAUGAAUCGGUGUUUAUUGAAUACUCAGAAAAUGAUUGAUGGCUGUGAUUUAAAAUCGACGACUACCAUCAGCAACAAUAAUCGUCAUAUUCAUUCUAAUGGAAAUAGUAAUGGUGUUGGUGGUCCAUCAAUUCGAAGUGUUACACCAUCAGAUCUUCGAAGCCAAACAUGGAUUGAAUCAUAUUGUAGCUCACAAGAUUCAAAUGAUUUAUUGAGCUUAUCGAAACAGGAUCCAAAAAUGCUUGAAUCAGAUGGUGGUGAUAAUGCAAUUUGGCUAGCUUGGCUUAAUCUUGCAACACCUAAACUUGGUAAUAAAAAGGCAAAUGUUUAUAUAAGAAAAUUACGGCCACAAUCCGUUCUGGAUGGUGAUAUUGUUCCGAAUGAAGAUUUUUCCGAUCUACUUAAUCGUAAUGAACAAUCAUCAAAUGAUACUAGUCUAAAUAGCACUGAUAUGUUACAAACAAAACCAAAUCUUCAUCUGACUAAAAUGCGUCCAAGGAAUCGUAAAACACGUGCACCAACAAGAGUUGCAAUUGUUGAUUCAAAAACAAUCAACAACAAAGAACAGCAACCUGUUAAUAAUAUUCCUACCACUUCAAAACUAGAUGAAGGAUUGGAAUUUUUUCCAUCAAUAUCAUUGAUGAAUAAUUCAUCAUCGAAUGCUUCAAUCGAAGAUAUGGAUCAAUUACUUCAACAAAACUAUCAACAACAACAACAACAACCAAAUAAACCUCAACCACAACCUCGAAAAAUUUUACGAAAACUAGGUUUUAAAUCUCAAAGUGAACAACAACAAUCAACCAACAUGGUUAUGGAACAACAAUAUCCAAUUAAAAUGCAAUCAUUAGAUAAACCAAUAACAGCAAAACAGAAUGAAGAAUUGAUUCGUUCGAAUUCACCGAUCAUUUUUGGUGCCAGACGAUCAGCUGGUGGUGGUGAACAUGUUUCCAUUUGUAGUGAUUCAAAUGAUUUACAUGGUAGCCGUGUUCAUAGUCCAUUACCACCAAAUGGUGUUGGUGACAUACAACAACAUAAUGAAUUAUUGGCCGAAAUGAAAGCAAUUCAAGAGAAACGUUCAUAUAAUUCUACACCUGUAUCAAAUGAACAACUAACAUUUGCAUCGACAUUGGAGAAUAAAUCUAGCCUAGAAAAUAUUGAUGAUAAUAACACAAAACAACCAAUUAUACAUCAACAUCAACAAAGUUUAGACACUGACAAUAAUGGUAGUUCAUCAAUAUCGGUUGCUAAACGUGCAACAAUGUUUGGUGAUCUUCAUAAAUCACCAUCCAAACAUUCAAUAACAAGUCCAACGGAUGAUCAUAAUAAUGAAAUUAUCAGCUCAAAAGAAAAUCAAUCACAAAAUAUCAGCAAUAAUAAUAAUAAUAAUAAAAGUGUAACAUCAACACCAUCAUCAUCAAAGCAACGACCUAAAUCAAUGGUUGGAAUGUUGGGUGCAAAAUUUGAAUUAUCAUUAAUGAAUUCUAAUGCUAAUAAAUGAUUUUUUAUGCUUUAAUUCCAAACAAACAAACAAACAAACAUGCUUGACACAUAUAAUCAGAUUAAAUAAAAAAUUUAAAAUAUUUAAA